AUUGUGGACUAUUUAAAGUUUAUCAAAUCCAGACUACAACAUGGAAAUUUUGUUUUGUAUCAGUUUCAGUUGGAAUUACUAGUGACGAAAUAAAGUACCUACUUCUGCAAUCGCGGAUACAUUAUACAGUAAAUAAGCAGCCGCAAAAUGAACAAGUUACCACUGUUUUUGAGUACUCUACUAUCAUUAACAGUUGCUCAAGAUAAUUAUAUGAUAUCUGUUGACCAACAAACACACGAGUGUAAUGAAGGUUGUAGAGACAAUAUUAAAAAUGGACUGAGUAUUCAUGAUGUAUUCUUGGGAGAUGACCAACCAAGAAAGUUGAGCAUUCCCACUUUCUGUUGUUCAGAUUAUUACAUACGAUUUUCCAAUUCAUCACUUCCGACAUUAGCAAUAAGUUCUUUCGGAAGUCGUAAUGGUUAUAUUAGUGGUAUAACAAUGAAGAAAAGCAAUAUUUCAGAAAUAGUGCCGGGUACCUUCAAAGUAUUGAGGUAUUUAAAUUGUUUAGAUCUCUCUCACAAUAACUUCAGUGCUAUAAAAAAUGGAAUAUUCAAUGGAGUGGAACAUUUGUACGACUUGAAUUUAGCGAAUAAUAAUAUAAAAUAUAUUUUUGAAAAUGCUUUUGAUAAUACUCCUCUAAGAAAUCUCUUUCUACAAAAUAAUGUGAUAUCGUUUUUGGAGAACAAAUUAUUUUGGUGGCAAACAUUUACAUUAGAUUUCAUAGAUUUGAGGAACAAUUCACUUAAAGAUAUCAACAAUACUUUUAUCGCUUUAAAUUUGUUGUCUACUUUAUAUUUGGACAAGAACAACCUUGAAGUUGUUGAUAUUGUUGCCGUACCUUCAACUGAAAUACACCUCAGAAAUAAUAACAUUUCACGGAUCAAAUCUUUGGCAGAGAAGACGAAAGUCAUAGAUUUGGGUGAAAAUAAUAUAUCCCUUUUCGAAAAUUUCGGAAGCGCCUUCAUCAAUUCAUCAAUUCUAAAAUUAUACUUGAGUUAUAAUCAAAUUCAGCUGAGUGAAAAGUCAUUUUCUAGCAUUCCCAACUUGACACACCUCCAUUUAGAUAAUAAUAAACUAAGUAAAAUCCCGAAUAAUGUGUUCAAAGAUCUGAAAUCUUUGAUUCUUUUAGAUAUUUCACAUAACAAUAUUUUACAACUUCAGUAUGGCACCUUUGAGCUCAUUCCUAAUAUUGAAGUUUUAAAUAUUUCCCACAACAAAUUCACAGAGGUCCCAAUUCAGGUUUUCAGUCCUUUACCAAAAUUAAAAGAAUUAGAUUUUAGGCAAAACCAAGUUGACACACUUGACGUCAAGGUUUUUCUUUGGUACUGCCCCAACCUUCAAAAGAUCAACUUGAAUGGAAAUCUUUGGGAGUGUGAAAUUUUAUCAAAUAUCGUGAAAUACUGCCAGGAUAAGAAUAUAGAAAUAGUGAUAGGAAAUUUGACUGAGUUUGAUAAUGUUAGAGGAAAUGCAUGCUAUAAUGAAGACUUUGAUGCGGACAGCAAUUCGACUCUGACUAAUCAAACCGUAAUUAGUUUGGGCUCCUUAAAUGAUAGUUCAUUAUUUAAAUUCUUCAAUGAAUAUUUGAAUUCCGUGAAUACUUCAUCUUAUGACUUUUCCAAUAAAGAUUUUCAAUAUAGGAAUACACAUAUUCCUUUUAUAGUUAGUGUUAUUUUGCCGUGUUAG